UCCGUCCGCGCAGGGCGCGUCGGUUGGCUGCGUGUUGUCGUCGCCGGUUCCGGGUGCGUGUUGUGCCGCCGGUAUGGCGGGCGGCGGCAACGACAAGUUCUCGGUGCUGCUGCCCACGUACAACGAGCGGGAGAACCUGCCCCUCGUCGUGUGGCUGCUGGCGCGCACCUUCCGCGAUAGCGGAACGGAUUUUGAAAUUAUCAUCAUAGAUGAUGGAAGCCCUGAUGGGACACAGGAAAUUGCUGAGCAAUUGGAAAAAAUAUAUGGAUCAGAUAAAAUACUUCUGAGACCCAGAGCAAGAAAGUUGGGCCUUGGCACUGCGUAUAUUCAUGGAAUGAAGCACGCCACUGGGAAUUUCAUUGUUAUUAUGGAUGCUGACCUCUCUCACCACCCAAAGUUUAUUCCAGAGUUUAUCAGAAAGCAGAAAGAAGGCAAUUUUGAUAUUGUGUCUGGAACAAGAUAUAAAGGAAAUGGAGGAGUAUAUGGCUGGGAUUUGAAAAGAAAAUUAAUCAGUCGUGGUGCCAAUUUUCUGACUCAGGUUUUGCUGCGACCAGGUGCAUCAGACCUAACAGGGAGCUUCAGGUUAUACAGAAAAGAAGUCUUAGAGAAGCUAAUGGAAAAAUGUGUUUCUAAAGGAUACGUCUUCCAGAUGGAGAUGAUUGUUCGGGCUAGACAGUUGGGAUAUACUAUUGGAGAGGUUCCUAUUUCAUUUGUGGACCGUGUCUAUGGAGAAUCUAAACUGGGAGGCAAUGAAAUAGUCUCUUUCUUAAAGGGGCUCUUGACCUUGUUUGCUACGACGUGAUAGUUUAUCCUAAAUUAACUUCUUUAGGAAGCCCUUUUCUGACAUCUGUGUGUUUUUUAGUACAUAAUAGCAGAAGCUUAAUAAUUUGUGUGGUGACCAGAAGACCUGCUAUAAACUAACAGUUAAACAAACCACCAGUAAUGAACUACAUAUAUUGUAUCCCAGAAUGCUCCUUUCAAAAUAAAUGAACUGUAUGUUAAACUAAAACCUAAUAAAGACUAAUGCUCUAUUCUAUUUUUGUAACAAUAAUGAAGUCUUAAUAAAGAACUAAUGAUCUUUUGCAUU